AUGACUAAAGAAGAGAUGUACCCCCUCGGCCGUGACGAGACUGAGUCGCGCCGGCUGAAUGAACAACACAAACUCCUGCUAGACAUUGUCGGCGGAGCCAUAGACAAGGCAGUUCCGCUGGACAAUAUUUCCACGGUCGCCGACGUCGCUACUGGGACUGGGAUUUGGCUGUGGGAUGCGCAAAAGCAGCUGAAUGAAAAUGCAGGCCAAUCCGAGCGUCAAUUCCAUGGCUUUGACAUAUCUGCUGCCCAAUUCCCUCCGGCUCCUGCUGGAAUCACGUUCUCUGUCCACGACAUCUUCCAACCCUUCCCUGCUGAACAUCUUAACCGGUACGACCUGGUGCAUGUUAGACUGCUAGUCACGGCAUUUCCGGAGUCGGAAUUCCAGAAGGCAGUUGAAAACCUACUCACGAUUCUAAAACCCGGAGGUUACCUGCAGUGGAGUGAAGUCGACUUCGCCCAUGUAGAGGCAGGCAGCGACGACCACCCGAAAGGUACAGCAGGCGUGCAGCCCUGGAUGAAGUUCGUGGAGGUCACAAAAAUCAGCAAAUGCGCUCCGGACACGCUUUAUACCGCGUAUAAUAACGCUGGACUGCUGAAUGUUGCUAACCGAUCGUACCCUAUUCGUGGACGGGCGGAUUUGGUUGACCGUGCGCAAGAGUGGGAGAGGCAGUUCUUUUCGACUAUGAUUCCUGUGAUACUGCUUAAAAUAGGUGACGCAGCUGACAAAGAUGAAGCGGACGAAAAGGGCUCUAAGAUUAAGCUGGAUCUUGAGGAAUAUUUCGCCGAUGGUGGAGUGGUAGACGUGCGGUUUGGGACAGUUAUAGGCCAGAAGCCGAAUUAG